AUGUCGAUCCAGGAGCCUUCGAAGUGCUGCGUCUGCGGCGAUCCGACCACGAAGCGUUGCCAGGCGUGCGCAAAGAGCGGGAUCGACCUCUUCUUCUGCUCGCCGGAACACCAGAAGCUCGUCUGGAAGCACCACAAGCACGUCUGCGGGGCGAACGCUCACCCGUUUCGCUACCCGCCUCUCUCGCAAGACGAGCUUGACGGUCUCUUAGCCUUUGAGCAUGAGCUAGUGACCGACCAAUAUCGGGACAACAUCCUUUCUGCGCUCCCAGAGAUCGAGCACGAGCUCACGCCGGACAAGAUUGCAAGAGGCCAUGCAGCUUUGCAGCAAACCGUCGUUGGCCGGAUGCUCGAAAGGAGGCUGGGCUGGCCGGCGUUCUCUUACGCGAAUAUCGUUCGCUUUCUCUCCUCGUCACCUGCUACUCCGAACGACGCGUACAGGCGUACUCUCUUUCGCCUACGCUAUGAGAUCUGGGCAUACCAUCUCCGCGCACGGGGCAACAUGUCCGACGCUUUCGCUCAGACGCCUUUCUGGAGCAACAUCGCUCUUUUCGACCUGACGCAACUGGCAAGCCUUGCGGUUGACCUCCCUGUCGACAGCCUCGUCCGGUCGCAAUACCUCCACAGCCUUGUCGUGCUCGUCUCGCUCGCCGUGCAGCGGUUGCAGGACUGUACGGCCAUCCCGCUUGCAUAUCUCCAACGCGCAUCGGAGCAGAUACUAGCCUGCUUCGGUGACCUCAAGCCUGGAGUGGACGAGAAGGACGCUUUGGCUGCCAUUGCUCCGCUUCUCGACGCAUUGAGGGGUGCAGGGGUGGGCCGGAUGGAAGUCUGGCGAACCGUUUCAGGACGACUGGCCGGCUCAUGCACCUGA